AUGUCUGUUGAUUCCAAGAAACUAGAGACGGUGUUGUCAGACGACGAUAAGCCAUAUGAUUCUGAUCAAGAGGAGUACGGUGAAGAUGAAGAAUACGGCGAGGAUAGCGAAGAGGAAGAGACAGACGAGGACGACGAUAGCCUGGAUGAGCCCAAGCUGAGAUAUCGCAGAGUGGGUGCUAGUGUCAAGGAGCUGCUGGACAAAGACACGGCAUCUACGUUACGUGUGUCUGACCGAUUUGUGGCUCUAGGCACUCACUGGGGCGCUGUUCAUAUCCUUGAUUUUGAGGGAAAUGUGAUUAAGAGUUUCAAGAACCAUUCUGCCACUGUCAAUGAUAUCUCUAUCGACAGAUCGGAUGAAUUUGUAGCUAGUGCUUCUGAUGAUGGCAAGGUUUUCAUUUAUGCGCUUUACACACCCGAAAUCCAAUCAUUCAACUACAAACGACCUGUGAAAUCAGUUGCCUUGGACCCAGAUUAUGCUCGAAAAUCAACCCGUCAGUUUGUAUCCGGUGGCAUGGCAGAGCAGCUCAUCAUGAGCGAGAAGGGAUGGCUAGGCCAUAAGGACAUCAUUCUUCAUGCCAAUGAAGGACCCAUCUAUGCUAUUCGCUGGAGAAACAACUUUAUUGCCUGGGCUAAUGACACUGGUGUCAAGAUAUACGACACAACCACGAAUGUGCGCAUCACCUACAUUGAUCGACCUGAUGGAAGUCCUCGAGCAGAUCUCUACAAAUGCAGAAUGUGCUGGAAGAAUGACACUACCUUGCUUAUUGGAUGGGCAGACACGGUCAAAGUAGCUGUUAUCAAACCUCGAAUCAAUCCAGCACAGGGACAGCCAGCUCACUAUGUCGAAAUCACCACCAUGUUUCAGACAGACUACAUUAUCAGUGGUAUUGCACCCUUCAAUGACACGUUGAUGCUCUUGUCCUAUCUUUUAGAGGAAGAGGAGGAGGAAAAGGACGCUGACAACUCAUCAUUUCAACGCAAAAGACUUGCCUCCAAGCCUGAACUGCACAUCAUCAACGCAGACAAUGAAGAGAUUUCGGCUGAUGUGCUUGCGCUCCAUGGCUUUGAGCACUACCAAGCCAACGAUUAUGUGCUUGAUUUCUUAAUGGAAGAAGACAUGUUUUACGUUAUGGGGCCCAAGGAUCUAAUUGCUGCUCGUUCCCGUGAUCAAGAUGAUCACAUUGAGUGGUUGCUGGAACACGAGAGAUUUGGUGAGGCACUGCAAGCAGUAAGAGCGACUACAACCAGCAAAAAGUUCAAUGCAGAUCAGAUUGGACAGACAUAUCUCAACUGGCUGAUGGCAGAAAAGAGAUUUGAUGAAGCGGCCAAAGAGUGCAGCGAUAUUCUCAAGCAUGACCAGUUACUAUGGGAGGAUUGGGUAUUCAAGUUUACCGAAGUAGGCGAACUCAAAGCCAUUACGCCCUAUAUACCCGUCAAAGACCCACAGCUCAGCAGCACUGUAUACGAAAUUGCGUUGGCCUGGUUCCUAAAAAGCGAUCAUGUUGCAUUGAGGAACACUAUUCGCAAAUGGCCCAGAACACACUACAAUAUAUCCAAUGUGAUUGUCGCAGUGGAGGAUGCGAUGAAGAAAAAUAAGCAAGACGAAGUGCUGCUGGAGUGCCUUGCUGAUUUAUAUACCUAUAACAAUCAACCAGACAAAGCGAUUGAGUACAACCUUCGUCUGCGAAGACCCAAUGCGUUUGAGCUCAUUCAAGAAUACAACAUGUUUGAUGCUGUAAAGGAUAAGGCGGUUUUACUGAUGGAGUUUGACCAACAUCUCCUGGAGAAGGAGGGAGAGACAAAUAGCAAGCCUACUAAGAUGCCAGCUGUCCAGCUAUUGGUGAAGAAUACAGAUGCUAUUCCACCGGAAAAGGUAGUUAAGCAACUUCGCCGAUAUCGUCAAUUUCUGCACAUCUAUUUGGAUGCACUGUUCGACCGCGAUCAUCAGCUUGGCUACGAGUUCCAUGAUCUUCAAGUGGAGCUGUAUGCAGAGUUUGACUAUCCUAAAUUGCUGGAAUUCCUACGUGCAAGCCAUUACAUAUCACUGGAAAAGGCCUACAAGAUUUGUGAGCAGAGAGAUUUGGUGCCUGAAAUGGUCUUCAUUCUUGGACGCAUGGGAAAUAACAAAAAGGCACUCAUGCUGAUCAUUGAAAGGCUAGAAGAUGUACAAAGGGCUAUUGAUUUUGCCAAAGAGCAGAAAGAUGAUGAUCUUUGGGAGGACUUGUUGACCUAUUCCAUGGAUAAGCCCAACUUUAUUCGUGGCCUGUUGGAAAAUGUUGGCACGGAUAUCGAACCACUGCGACUCAUCAAGCGCAUCCCAGAUCAUCUCGAAAUCCCUGGCCUGAAAGAUGCCUUGCUGAAAAUUUUGCAAGACUACAACCUGCAAAUGUCCUUGCAUGAGGGCUGCGAGAAAAUUUUGGUGAGCGAUAGUGUAUUUUUAGCUGAUAAGAUGUACAAAGCUCAAAAACGUGGUGUUAAUUGCAAUCCUGAAGAUAUGGUUUGUAAUAUCUGUGAAGAGCCUGUUUUUGAUGAAGCCAAUGUGGAGGAUAUACCCAACUCAAUCAUCUUCUUUUGUCGACAUGCCUAUCAUCAGCAAUGCCUGAUCAACCAAAGUUCGGUGGAGCAACUUCAGCAAGACAGUAAUCCUGGUAGCUUAACUAGCAAAGUCAAUCAAUCGGCAUUGUUGAAAUCCACACAGAACAUGGCCUGUCCGUUGUGCAGAGAACAAGCAGCUGGUGGUAAUGCAUUCGUGAAUCGCAUGAAAACUCAAAGAGGUGUCAAGAGAAGUCCACAAUCACCCACAGCGGGUAGUAUCCGAAGUUUUGGCACGGUUCAUUGA